AAAGAAGCUUAUCCCCUUCUCCUUCAGAAAUUCAACCAGACGCUUCCCCAACUUACAAAGAUAACGAUCAGAAACAAUGGCUGCUUUCGUGGUCUUAGGCUUCACGCCGGCCACUUCUUCCGGUGUAAUGGCAGCUUCCUCAACCAAACUUCAAUUCACAACUAAACCCAAUUCCGAGCUAGGGUUUCUCACUUCUCAAUUAGCCGGCAUCAAAAUCUCCUCCAACCACUCGCUGAUCUCCCCCUCACCAAUUUCUGCUCCUCUCAGACCUGCUCUUCAACCUGUUGCUCGUAGAGUUUGUCCCUUUACUGGAAAGAAAGCAAAUAAGAAGAACUUAGUUUCUUUCUCCAACCACAAGACCAAGAAGUUGCAGUUUGUAAAUCUUCAAUACAAGAAGGUUUGGUGGGAAGCUGGGAAGCGUUUUGUUAAGCUACGCUUGUCAACUAAGGCUUUGAAGACCAUUGAGAAGAAUGGACUUGAUGCUGUGGCUAAGAAGGCAGGGAUUGAUCUUCGUAAGGAAUGAUAUGGGUUUCACGAAUGAUUCGAUUUUUUAGUAGUCCAGCUAGAGUGGUCUUACAAAUUUGAUGCUAAAUCCUAAAAUUCUUCAUCAAAUUAGGUAUCAUUUGGAGGUAACUCCAAAGCCUAGAACUUAAUGCUGUAGAGAGUUGAAUACAUUUUGUGGCUGAAUUUUUCAUGCUUAAUGAUUUCUGCAUUUGAACCUAUGAUUUCAACU